UAAUGAUACCAAACUUGAACGGAUUAAGAAAAGGGAAAAUGGAAUUGGAUGUGGAGAAUCCAUUAACAGGCUCCGAAGAACAGCAUUUCGACACACUCUUCGCAACCGAAUGCGAUCACACGCCGUCCUUCCUCGCCUUCAAAUGCACUGAUGUUCGCUUUUCGCUUCGCCGCCACUCUCUCGUCCUUAUUUCUCAGGUACAAAGUUCUUACAAAUUUGAUUGCUAUGUCGCUUACCUUGCUGUCAAUUACAUUGAUCGUUUUCUUUCCAAAGAAGAAGUUGUGGAGAAUAAGCCAUGGAUUGUACAGAUUCUCGUCAUUGCUAGCCUUUCACUUGCUGCAAAAAUGAGGAACAUCGAUUUAUCACUGUCCGAUAUUCAGAGAGAUGUAGGUUUAAUUUUUGAUCUUCAAACGAUUCAUCGCAUGGAAUCGCUGAUUCUCACUACUCUCAAAUGGCGACUAAGAUCUAUCACGCCUUUUUCGUUUCUGCAAUUCUUCAUCACCUUUUUUCAACUCAGUGAUUCGUCUGCAACUCAGUCUCUUAAACAACGAGCUUCACAUAUCAUCUUUACUACUCAAUACGAAAUUAAGCUUUUUGAGUUCAAACCAUCAUUAAUAGCAGCAUCAGCGCUUCUAUGUGCAGCUGAUGAGCAAUUGACUUCUUUCUUAGCUGCAAUUUCAGAAUGUCAAUACUUAAAUAAAGAGGAACUUAUGAAUGCCUUGGCUAUAAUGCGGGAAAUGCCGAUACAAAGGCAGGAGUCUACAGUCGAUGCAGAGUCUUGUAGUACGUUGACGGCAAAAAGUGUUCCUCAAUGUGAACGUACAAGCUCUCAAUGCGAGAGUCCCACAAAUUAGGAUACGGACAACAUCAAAAAGCGGAAAUUGAGCGAUUUACGGGAUGAUCAAGCGUUCCAGAUUUCUCAGGUUCAGUGGUACUAAGGUAGUAAGACUGCGUACCAGCGUCCCUAUUUUGUUGUCUCGUUGCUUAGCAAAUUUGUUCGAGUGGGUUAAUGGAUACGUCAAUA